CCCCCCCCCCGGGACGAGGUUUGUGGUUCAGUCCGGUUGCCGUGGAGACGGAGAGUAACAGCCGGCCCCGCCGCGCGCGCCCCGCGGCCAUGGCCACGCUGGCUCGGCUGCAAGCUCGGGCGACGUUCUUGGCGCAUCAGUACUACUUCAGGAGCAGUGUUGUAGAUUUAUUUAGGAAAAAGGAGUAUGAUGCAGCAGUUAAGAUCCAGAGCUGGUUUCGAGGAUGUCAAGUUCGGGCAUAUAUCAGGCAUUUACACAGAGUAGCAACUACUAUUCAAAAAUGGUGGAGAAGUUACUUAGGGAGACAACAGUAUCAAGUAGUUGUGAAGUUAGCAUCUUGUGCUAUGAAGAUGAAUCUCUACAACGCAAUGGCUGUCAGGAUUCAGAGGCGAUGGCGAGGCUAUAGGAUUCGGAAGUACUGCUUCAACUAUUUUUAUUUGAAGGAGUACCUGAGAGCUGUUUCAGAGACCAAUGAUGCAAUUAGGGAGGCACUCGAGGAGUUUGCAGAGAUGAAAGAAAGAGAAGAGAAGAAGGCCGACCUCGAAAGGGAGGAGAAGAAAAGAGAUUACCAAGCCCGAAAGAUGCAUUACCUCCUCAGCACGAAGCAGAUUCCAGGUAUAUACAAUUCGCCGUUCAGAAAAGAUCCUGAUCCAUGGGAGCUGAGGUUACAAAAAGCAAAGCCUUUAACAUGCCACAGGCCCAAAGUUAAGCAGAAGCGCUACAUCAGCCUUAGCAGUUGGCUGGCUUGUACGAGUGCCCGUUCCUUUCCUCGUUCGGAAAUUCUCCCACCCAUUGAUAGGAAACGAUGUCAGGGGCCAUUCCGUGACAUCACUGAAGUAUUGGAACAGCGCUACAAGCCUUUGGAGCCAACGUUGCGAGUGGCAGAACCAAUCGAUGAGUUAAAGGUGGCCAGAGAGGAGCUCCGAAGACAGGAAUGGAUGCGCAAUGUAAAUGACAAUAUGUUUUUGCCAUUUUCGUCCCAUCAUAAAAAUAAAAAGUACAUCCCAUUAAUGCAUUCAUCAAGCAAGUAUGGCCCCAACUCUUAUGGAAGUCAACAUUUUAGAGAUGAAAAUCCUAGGAAGUGGAUCUGUGACAAGGAUUUCCAAACUGUACUACCAUCAUUUGAUCUCUUCUCAAAAUAUGGAAAAUCAUAUUCAAAAGCUGGACAAAUUAUAUAAAGGGGCAUGCUUUUAUCAAUCUGGAAUUAAUCUACAUGUAUACUCAAGCUGUUUAAAUAAAUUGGAAAUGAUGGAAGCCAGCUUUCUCAAUGUUAAAGAAACAAGUUACAAAUAAGCAGGCACAAGUGGGGGAAAGCUUAGAAUAACACCUGUGUGGUGGCUUAGAGAUGGAGAUACAGGUAUGAUUUAUGUUAACAUAUAUAUAUAUACAUAGAUAAAUACAGAAAUUGAGCUAGGUGUUUAUACAUGGACCAUUUUAGCCCUUCUCCUGAGAUGGCCUAGAAGCAAUGAUACGUUGGUAGCCCUGAGCACUCCCAGUGCCCAGGGCUUGGUUUUUAAACAUUCUCGAACAACAGGAACGAGGUAUCCUUGGAAAAAAUAGAUGGUUCUAUGCUUGAGCCAAAGAAAUACAAGAGCAUCCUGUAGAACUGUAGUGUUGUAGUGACAAAAGCAAAGGGAGUGCUGGAAAAAAACCAAGGGGAGAUCAUGGCAAAAGAAUAUAGGGAUCAACCUCUGAAAGAAUCCCAAGGUGCCCAAACUAGGAUGAUUGGAGGGACCAAGUAAUAAUGACAGUAAUGGACUAUAAUCCAAAGAAUAAUACAUAGAUAUGACAUAAAUAUGUAAAUGGAGAAGAACAAACAAAUCUUUGUUAUAGAAGAAUCUGGAAUAAUAUAGGAAAUAGAUAUUUCCUCCUCUAGGAGAUGAAGCUUAAUGCCCUUCCCCUGUGUCAGCCAGACUUAAUGACUCACUUCCAAAGGAUAGAAUAUGCAAAGAGAAACUAGUAACUUUAUAGUGGAGAAAGCUGGCAGGUACCACUAUAACCAGAUAAUCAAGAUUAACAUCACUUGGAAUAAAUUAUAUUGAUUUCGUGCGCUCUCUGAUACGAUGUGUACUUUACAUCUCUAUUAUUUUCCCCCAAAACUUAUGAGCCCAUUAUAAAAUAAAAUGGAGAGGUGUUCCGUAAAGCUUCCGACCAGCAGCCUUCUAAGAUGUCAAAGGGAUGGAAAAGGGCGAAGAAACAAUCACAGAUUAGAGGAAAACAACGGAGACAUGAUGCAGUGUGGGAUCCUGAAUUGGAUCUUGGCGUAGAAAAAGGACCUUCAUGGAAAAACUGGGGAAUUCCGAAUGGUCUGUAGCUUAGUGGCAUUGUGUCAGUGUUAAUGUCUUAGUUUUAGCAGGUGCAGUGCAAUUAUGUCAAAUAUUACAUUAGACAAAGCUGGGUGAUCCAGGAAUUUUCUGCACUAUCUUGAUAACUGUUCUGACAAUCUGAAAAGUGUUCCAAGAUAAUAAAAAAAUGAAAACAUACAUACAUAGUAAACAAAUUGUAUAAGAUGUUACUAAAAAUAAUUCACUGAGAAUGGGAAGAAAUGACAUAUGAGAAUGUAAAUAUAAUUAAAACUUUCAUGACUGUACAAGCCACAGGUAAUUCUUCCCAGCCUCUUGAGCAUCGGUAUGGUUCCAAAAACUAGAAAUAAUGAAGGUCAGCAAAACCAAGGGUGCUUCAGAAGCUGGAAACGAACUCUGAAACUCGAAAUUCAGCAGUCCUGCUUUGGCUUGGCUGUCUUUGACCUGCCUGCCUCCCAAGUACUGUUUAUACGCAGAAUAAUUACCGUGCUUAUCUUAUGGAGUUCAAGGUACCUUAGAUCCCAGUGGCUGCAUUUGUUUUGCUUUGCUGCUAUUUAAUUACAAACCAUAAUGUUUAGAUCUUUUCAGGGCAGAACAAUUCAAUGACAACACCACUUAUAGAAACAGCAAAAAAAAAAAAAAAA